AUGGAUGGCAACGAGGGAGGGACCUACGUGGACAUGGAGAACGUUGCUACUGGGAAGGCCUUUGGAUCUACUCCCGUCUCAGUACAGAAUGAAUCUAUGACGGGAUCGGGAAUCUACAAAACAUCAAUUGCUAUGAACGACGACUUCUUCUUACAGGAAGGAUUCACUUACACAGGUCUGCUACUUGGUGAUAUAACACAUCCUGCAGUGUAUGAAAAACAAGAUGAGCAGGAUAACAUUAAAGAUUCUUCUGCUACGAUGCUCGGAGACGAAGAGGAUAAUCCAUGGGAUGCCAGCAUGUUCAACGACAUACAGCUAGACGAGGUAUAUGAUGCUGGAACAAUAGACAAUCAACAAAAAACAAAAGCUGGGGGAUCACAUGACAAAGCAUCCACAAGUGCAAGCAAUGAAAACCAACAUAAUCCGGAAGAAAAUGAAAAUAUAACUGAAGAAGACAUUAACAAUUUCAUGUCAAAUGAAGCGCUAGAUGCACAAGGAGUUCACAGAAAUGAAGAUACGGAAAAUGAAGAUACGGAAAAUGACAGUGCAAGCCAAUUGAUACCUGAGGUUGGCAUGGAAUUCCAGACAAGAGAGGAAGCACAAAAGUUCUUCAACUUGUAUGCUUACGUAGUUAGCUUCUCCGACAGUUGUGUAUCAUCUUAUCGUACUACAAGCAAAAAGAGAAAAAAUGAGGUCAUAAGGUUCACAAUGAAAUGCAACAAAUAUGGGGUAAACAAUCAGGCAGAGGCUGACAACAUUGUGGCACAGAGACAAAGCACAGUUAUAGCCAAGUCAAACUGCAAGGUUGAAAUGGUGGCCAGCGAGAAACAUGGGAUGUGGACAAUAACAAGCCUCAAUCUAUUGCACAACCAUCAACUAUGCCCUCAAAGCAGAUUCUACAGGUCACACAUAUACAUGUCGGAUGGAGAAAAGGAAAUGAUUAGAACAAUGAAACAUUGCAAUAUGCCUACACGGUACAUGGUAGCUGUUUUGGCAUUCAUCAGAGGAGGCAUGGCACAAUUGCCAUACAACAAAAGAAAGGUCAGCAACUACAGCUCAAGUAUAAACAGGGAAGUCAGUAACAAUGAUAUGAUGGAGGUACUUGAUUGGUUUUCAAAGAAAAAAGCAGAAAAUCCCGGAUUCCAUCAUGCCAUUGAUUUGGAUGGCGAAAACAAAGUGCGGAGUGUAUUUUGGGCAGAUGCUAGGGCCAGACUGUACUAUGACAUAUGUGGAGAUUGUGUGAGCUUUCACACUACAUUCCUUACUAACAAGUACAAUCUCCCAUUUGCCCCGUUUGUUGGUGUGUCGCCACAUGGAAAAACAUACCUUUUUGCAUGUGCAUUCAUAAUAAAUGAAAGUGCAGAAAGUUUCGAGUGGUGUUUCAGACAGUUCAAGGAAGCAAUGGGCGGCAAGUGUCCAAAAACUAUUAUAACUGACCAAGUUAAAGGAAUGGAGAAUGCAAUAAAAGCAAUUUUCAAAGAAGCAGUGCACAUAUGUUGCUUGUUCCAUGUCAAGAAGAAAAUCGAUGAUAAAGGCGGGACAAUGUUCCAAGCAAAUGAAGGACUAUAUGAGGAAUUACAGGACGUGAUAGACAAAUCAUUAACAAUCCAUGAAUUUGAAACACUGUGGCAGGCAAUGAUAAAGGAGCAUAAUGUAGAGCAUGUCAAAAUAUUUCAGGAUCUUUGGAAAAGUAAGCACAGGUGGGUACCUGUUUACUUCAAGGAUAAGUUCUUCCCAUUCAUCCAAACCACAGCAAGAAGUGAGGGAACCAAUGCGUUGUUCAAAAAAGGAGUAGGUCCGCAAUUCAGCAUGACAAGCUUCCUAAGGGAAUACCAGCGCAUAAUGGAUAACAUGCAUGCAAAUGAGGAUGAGCUGGAUCAUAAUGCAAUAAACAAGAAAGUGAAUGAAAAAAAGUUCAUCACUGAUUACUACAUUGAGAGGCAGGCACAUAAGCUGUACAAUGUAUCCAUAUUUAGGAAAUUCCAGAAACUCCUAAAGGAUGUUACAAGACUACAACUCAGGGAAGAAUCAAAAGGCAAAAUAUACUGGGUGUUUCAGGCAAAAAAUUACCCAAUAAAGGAGCACAGACAGAGAGAUUACCUGGUUCAAGUACAGACACUCAAGGAGAUCGAGGUAAAUCAAAAAAGACAAAGAGUGAUGCACAAGAAAGUGGGUUGGACCAACAAAUGA